GCAGUCGUCCGAUUUUUAAAAUAUUGUUAUUUGUUGUUACUUGUUUUUAAUUUCUUUAUUUUCUUGAAUACGGUUGUGGAAAUGUUUAUCCCAUAAAAUACAACCAAUUUGGUAUAGAGAAUAAUUUUAUAGGAUAAAGGAUAAAUGACCGACAAAAUGCGAUAUAAAUGUGUAAAUUGUGGAGAAGGAGCCGGCGCCCUGUACAGAACUUACGGACCCUCGGUGUUAAAAUUAACGAAAUGCGAAAAAUGUAAUGGCAUAGUGGAUAAGUACAUAGAAUAUGAUCCAGUAAUAGUCAUGAUAGAUCUAGUCCUUAUAUCAAAAGAAGCACAAAGGCACAUUAUAUUCAACACUGAUUUUAAAGCUUAUUGGAAGCUGCUCAUCAUAUUGAUGAUGCUGGAGACAUAUGGAGUGUGGAGAAACGACAGCUUAUUUAACAUCAUGGUCAACUCUAUCUGCGACAUACAGAACAAUAGCACAAUUAAUUCCACGCACAUAAAACUUCCAAUUAACAUGACUUUAAACCAUGUGGAACCGUUUAAAAGUGAUUGUUUGGACUGGGCACAUGAGGAGAAGGACGGAGUUGAUCUGUUUAUAUGGGAGAAGGAUUUUUAUAUACAAUUCUUAUCUACAUUUGCAGGCAUUUUUAUUUUCAUAAACAUCACACAUAGCGCAAUGAUGCUAAUGAAAGGAUUUUCCUUAAAAAAUGAAGUGAGCAUUCUACAGCUACUAAAAUCAUUUUCCCUUGCGAACAUGAGUCUUCUCUUAACAUUACCGAUGUUAGUGUGGGGCUCAGGGGAGACUGAGCCGAGUACGAGGCUAGUGCAUUAUGCGCUCGUGUUCCUGUAUAUGUUUGCCGUGUUUUAUAAUAUGUUUAGUGUUCUAUACGAGAGCCCAAGGUUUGCUACAAUUAUGGUACUGCUAGCCAGCAAUUUAUUCAAGUACAUGAUCACGUUUCACGCCACACCAUUCAUAAGAAAGAUGAUAACUUAAAAACUGCCUAGGAAAAAAAAGUAUUUAAUAUUUAUUUUUAAACGCAAAAAGGAAACUUUAUAUCAACGUCCUGCCAAAUGAUGAACUUUUCCAAAUAGAAAGUAAGAC